AUGCCUCAUCUUGAAGGAUCGCUGGAGCAGUCUUUCAACCUGUGGGAAACCCCCCCCCCCCCCCACACACACACACAUCGCCUCCAUCCAUUGCCAUCGACAACCCACACCGUCGCACCACCAACAACAUCUGCGUCGUCUUGCUGUCGGCGACGUCCUUCACUCUGGCAACCUCCUCUCCGGCCGGUAACCCCACAUCCUAAUAAAACAAAUGGUUUCGAUAUGAGGUUAGAUCGAAGCCCUAGAAGCUCUCAACCGCCUGUUGCUUCGUCCGUUGCUGCUGUUGCUACGAUUGCCACUAAUCAAAAAUUGAAACUAUCCCUUAUCGAUCUUAGUGGGAUCACUCUCAACGGGGUUGAAGAUGAAGAGUUCAAUCAAGCCACCUUCGCCACCGUUCACCGUAACUACUAAAACUUGAGGAUGAAGAAUCCAAUCACAGACAAUUUUUUUCUACUAUGGACUUCUAUUUCAGG